GGGGUAAAAGGAGCGAAGCUUACUCGCCUAGCGGAAAAGAGAAGAACGGCCGUAUAGAUUGCACGGUACUAGUUGUUGGGAGCGGAAUAAGUGACUCUUGGUUUGUUCUACAGCCGGGGGCUCCAAUAGCGGCCACAAAAACGAGAUCUGACCAUUUUUCCUUCUUUACGUAGAAAGGCCAUUCACACAUUUUGAGGUAUGGCCUCGCUUUGGGCGGGACGACCCGAGAUUUUGGGAUUUCUGGCGCUGAGCCUUUGCUUUGUGAUAUCGAGGCAUCGCGGAAUGGCGAUAUCUCGGGGAGAGCAGUCUCCCUACAAGGGUAUACACGGCGAUUUGCAUGAAAACGUGUUCCGCAAAAAGCUGGUCGUCUUCCUCGCCGACGGACUUCGAUGGGAUUACGUCGAUCGCGCCCACUACCCUGAAUUCCGCUCGCUACAGCAGCGAGGAUUUCGUGCUGGACGCCUGCUGCCCGUUUUUCCGUCUGUGUCCUAUCCCAACUGGUAUUCACUCGCAACGGGCCUUUACACCGAAGAGCACGGCAUCCUGGGUAACUACAUGUAUGACAUGAAGACAAACUCCUACUUCGCGAUGUCCUCGCCAGGGAGCUUCCACCCGCGCUGGUGGAGUCGAGCGGAACCCUUGUGGACGCGAGCAUUACGCCGCAAUCGCACCGUAGCCAUGUACUGGUGGGAUGGGUGUCAGGUGAGCAUCAACGGUACCCGACCCCAACGCUGCAUCCCGUACGGCGGCUAUUCCACCCAGAUCGACCACCUAAUGAAUGAGAAGAUUGAAGAAGUGGUGGGUGCGUUCAAAAAGAACGCGCUCGAUUUGGCGAUGCUUUACUACGAAGGGCCCGACGCCGAAGGACACAGAAAUGGGCCCGAAAGCGAAGGGACUUACGAUGCAGUCAAGAAAGUCGAUCGGUACUUGUGGAACCUGCAACUGAGUCUGCAAAGAGAGGACCUGUUAGAAGAGGUAAAUAUCAUCGUCGUGUCAGACCACGGAAUGACACGCACUAGUCCGGAGUCCACGCGUCACAUUGACAUGGAUGCAUUAGUGAACGAAAGAGACGUCCACAUAAUGCUCGACAAAGGACCCUUUGCCAUGUUACACCCUAAGCCUGGCAGAGAUCAUGAGGUGCUAAAAAACCUGCUUAUUAAGAAACCGAAAGGGCUGAGCGUUUACACAAAGGAAACUCUUCCGGACGAUUGGCAUUUCAAGAAUAAUGAGCUUGUGGCUCCCAUAGUAUUGGUUGCUCAGGAAGGACACUACAUCAUGCCAUUCAAAAAUCCGAAGAAGACUCUACCUGGAAACAAUGGUCCUUCACCUGGAGUGCAUGGGUAUGACCCCAUAAUGCCCGAUAUGUGGGGAAUAUUUUACGCCCAAGGACCAGCCAUUCAAGGAGGUAAUGGAGGGCCCAGCCUGGUUCGAAUGGUGGACGUCUACAACUUGAUGUGCUACAUGUUGGGGAUGGAUCCAGCUCCCAACAGUGGCUCAUGGAAUCUGUUGAAGGGAUUCGUGAACCCCAGAUACGACCCCAACAUGUACAACCGCCUUUACUAAAGCGUUACAGAGUUGCCAAAUACACAUAUUCCUAGGACCAUGUCUUACCCAAUAUUACAGAAUAAGACAAGGGAGCCGGAAGGAUGCAAAGCUUUUGGACAAGCGCGCUAAAACCUUCCCAUGUAAUUUUGCUGCAGCGGCUGAGACGGCUAAGUGUCAACAGCUACUCAUGGCUGUUUAUAUUGAAAAUAUAAGAUAGUGUGUCAUGAAGGUAGAAACUUUACCUACAGCGUUUACCUCCAUAUACCACUGCAAAAACGUGAACAAUUUCGGAGCAGCCAUUGCGGCCAAUAAAAGCUUAGAUACAC